GCUCAGCAUCCAUCCAUGGAGGUGAGCACCGUGUCCCCUCUUUUCACCUCACCGACAGACGAACCUGGUCAGUGUGAGAUCAUUGUCUCCAGCGUGGCCGUGCACAUUGUGACACUGCUCAUUGGCCUCUGUGGGCUGGUUGGGAAUGGAGUUGUCCUCUGGCUCCUGCACGUAAAUGCCAUCACCCACUUCAUCUCCAAACAGGCCAUCAUCGACUUGCUCUUCCUCAUCUUCAUGAUCCCCUCCAGCCUGCUCUUCCUUGUGGAGGAAGUGUCCUGCUCUGCUAUAAUGCCCCCAAUGUAUUUGAGCUUGCUUUUCCAGCUGUCAUUGUUCAUCUACAGUAUAGGGCUGUACCGGCUGAUGUUCAUCAGCAUCGAGAGGUGCAGAUCCAUCCUCUGCCUAUUUUUCUGUGGUUGCCAACUUCCUGAGCACCUGGUGUCGGUGGUGAUGAGUGUCCUCUUCUGGGUCCUCCUGUUUGUUUUCAUCGCAGUCAAUCCCACAGUGGCUUCCCAGUGCCAGUCACAUGAGCAGGAGCAAUGCCAGGUGGCUCUCACCUCCAUGUACGCCCUCAACCUCUUCCUAUUUGCUGUACCCAUGGUCAUUUCCGUCAUAAUGCUCUUAGUUCAUUUCAAGCCUGGAUCCCAGCAGCAGCAACACAUGAGGCUCGACAUCGUUAUCUUCCUCGUUGCACUCUUCAGUCUGCCCCUCAGUCUCUGGUCUUUCCUGCAGCAGCUCAGUUACACGGUUGUGCCCUCCCAGGUGGUUUUCCUGCUCACCUGCAUCACCAGCAGCAUCAAACCCUUCAUCUGCUUCUUGGUGGGGAGCUGGAAGAGAGCCUACUCCAUGAGAAGCUGCUGGAGACACUGCUCCAUGCAGAGCUGCAGGAGGCACUCCUCUGUGCAGUCCCUAAGGAAGGUGCUCAACAGGGCGUUUGAGGAGCCAAAAGAAAACACUGCCUGUGGAGAUGAUCUAACCAUGGACACAGAGGCCUGAGCCUGUUGAUCCCUUGCACUGCACUGCUGAAGGACCCUGGGACAGUGGCUGAGAGAUUCCUUGAGUCUCCUGGUCAGUAAAUGCCCACAGUGUCACCCUCCCUGUGCUGGGGCAUCCCCAGCCCCUUUCCAGGCCGCUCUGGGCUCUGAUCCGUGCUUGUGAGGCCUCAGCCUUGAGGAGCAGCCCCUGGGCUCAGCUGCUCUGGCGCUGAUCAGAAACACCCUCUGCUCCCAGGAACUGCUGCUGUCCAACCACCUCCGGGGCCUUUAUCAACAGCCUUGGGAAUUGUUUUCCUUCCCUGAAGGCCACAGCAUCCCUGCUCUCCCACUUUCCCAGAGAGCUGCCUGCCCGAAGUGUGGCCAGGGUGAAACAUUGCUGUGAGUGACGCCCAUCCCUUGGGGCCUGUGAGCAGCUGCCCAAAAGGAGACCCUUGGAGCUCUCCUGGGCCCAGCAGCGCUGAGCAGAAGCUCCCUGGGAGUGGGGCCUCUCCGAGCUGGGAUCUCUCCCGUCUGCUGCCCUCGGCUGAUCCCCGAACGCCGACGGCUCCUGGGCCGAUCCCCCAGUGCUCCAGGCCCAGCCCUUGGCCCAGUGGGGAGAUGCAGAGGGAUCCCCAGGGAGCAUUUCACUGCCUGCCAGGGGAAUUUCUCACAAGGACCUUGCACUGACUCUUUCUGCCUCUGUGCACACACAUGUGCAGCUGCUGUGCAAAUGUGGCACAA